AAAACGCACCCUCCCACAUUUUUCUCCCUCCACUUUCUAUCUACGUCUCGUUCUCUCUUCCUCAGAAAACUUCCAAUUCAAUUCAAUUCUUUCAUUCUGCAUGUUCGAAAAAUUCAUAGAACAUAAUUUGCAUAGAGAAUAAUGUCAUUUUCAGAUUCAGAAACGUCCUCUCAUGGCACAGAGUAUAGGAAUUUCAAGCAUGUCAGCCGUGAUCGACUAUUAAAUGAAAUGCUUGGAUCUUCAGGUUCAGGAGAUUCAAGAUCUUCAUGGAAGGUUCUUAUCAUGGAUAAAGUAACGGUAAAAGUAAUGUCUUCCACAUGCAAAAUGGCUGAUAUCACAGACCAAGGAGUUUCAUUGGUGGAAGAUCUUUUUAGAAGAAGGCAACCUUUACCAACAAUGGAUGCUAUAUACUUCAUCCAACCGUCAAAGGAGAACGUUGUCAUGUUCUUGUCCGAUAUGUCAGGAAGAGAACCUUUAUACAGGAAAGCAUAUGUAUACUUCAGUUCCCCAAUACCUAAGGACCUGGUUGCCCGCAUCAAGAAUGACACAAGUGUAAUACCCCGUAUAGGUGCACUAGGAGAGGUAAUAAUCAUGUGUCUCUGUCUACAAUACUGCGUGCAUCAUGUAAUUGAUAUCUUCACAAGUUUGACUGAAUCUUCUAUUUCAUUUUUUUUUCUUUUCCUUUUUUGCACAAUGCAGAUGAAUUUGGAGUACUUCCCAAUAGACAGCCAGGGAUUUGUCACUGACCAUGAAAGAGCACUUGAAGAGUUGUUUGGUGAAAGUGCUCAAAAUUCCCGGCGUACUGAUGCUUGCUUGAAUGUAAUGGCCACAAGAAUUGCCACUGUUUUUGCUUCGCUGAAGGAAUUUCCUUUUGUGCGUUAUCGAGCUCCCAAGGGACGUGAUGGAUCAUCAACAAAUUUCCGUGAAUUAGUUCCUGAAAAGCUCGCUACAGCUAUAUGGAACAAUAUCACUAUGUAUCGGUCUAGUAUUCCUAAUUUUCCGCAGAAAGAGACAUGUGAAUUACUGAUUCUGGACAGAUCUGUUGACCAGAUUGCUCCUGUGAUUCAUGAAUGGACAUAUGAUGCCAUGUGUCAUGACCUGCUUGAUAUGGAUGGAAAUAAAUACGUACAUGAGGUUCCUAGCAAAUCAGGUGGUCCACCUGAGAAGAAGGAAGUUCUUUUGGAAGAUCAGGAUCCUGUUUGGUUGGAGCUACGGCAUACUCAUAUAGCUGAUGCUAGUGAACGACUCCACGAUAGGUUUACAAACUUCGUUUCUAAGAACAAAGCAGCACAGAUGGAGCAGAGAGAUGGAGGUGAAUUAUCUACACGGGACUUGCAGAAGAUGGUCCAAGCUUUGCCACAGUAUAAUGAACAAAAGGAGAGACUCUCUAUCCAUGUUGAGAUUGCAGGUGAGCUUAAUAAAGUUAUCCGAGAAACGGGUCUUCGGGAACUUGGACAGCUAGAGCAGGAUCUUGUCUUUGGCGAUGCAGGAACGAAGGAAAUGAUCCAUUUUCUAAGGACGAAGCAGGAUACUGCAGGUGAAAAUAAGUUACGCUUGAUGAUGAUUUAUGCAUCUGUUUAUCCAGAAAAAUUUGAGGGCGACAAAGCAGCAAAACUGAUGCAGUUAGCAAAAUUGUCACCUGAGGAUAUGAAGGCUGUGCAAAAUAUGAGAAUGCUGGAGGGUUCAGAAAAACGGAAGGCGUCAAGUGGAAGCUUCUCCCUGAAAUUUGAUUCACAAAAGAAAGGGAAAGCAGCUAGACAGGAUCGAGCUGGAGAGGAAGAAACAUGGCAGUUAUUCCGAUUUUAUCCCGUGAUAGAGGAGUUGGUUGAGAAAAUGUGUAAAGGUGACUUGCCAAAAGAUGAUUAUCAAUGCAUGAACAGUCCUCAACCAGCUACUCAUGAGGUCAAUGGAUCUUCUGUAAGGAAUGCCCCACCAAAGACUGCUGAAUCUACUAAUCCACGCUCAGUGAGAUCAAGAAGGACACCGAAUUGGGCACGUUCUCGUACUUCUGACGAUGGAUAUUCAAGCGACUCCAAUCUCAGAAGUUUUUCAACUGAUUUUAAGAACAUGGGACAACGGAUAUUUGUUUUCAUUAUCGGUGGUGCAACUCGAUCUGAGCUUAGGGUUUGUCACAAACUUACAUCAAAGUUAAGGAGGGAAGUGGUCCUUGGCACAACUAGUCUAGAUGAUCCACCUCAGUACAUCACGAAACUGAAAUUGCUAUCAGAGAAAGAUCUUUCAGUAGAUAGCCUCAGAAUUUAAUAUGGUAUUUGGGAUUUGUAAACUACAUUUUUGGUUGACACCCGAAAGGGUGCAGGGUGCAAUAUAUACUUAAGGAGCACAUUGUUGGUUUCUGAUGCUUUUUUUAUUGGUUCCGAGGGAAGAACUUGAUUCAUUGCAAACGCACAUCAAUUAUAAAGAAGGCUUCAUGAUACUGGAAUAUACAUAUGGCUGUUGGAUUACUGCUUUUAUACUAAUCUUGCAGCUUAGGUAGAAGAACCAUCUUUGGGAUUAGAAGAUGAUAUAGAAACUUCCUUCCAACAUUCAUGAGGCAGUGAAGGAGUUUGAAUGCAACUUAGUUUUUUUUGUUUUAAACUUCAAGCACAAGCAGGAUUGCACUCUUGAAUUUUGUAAUUGUACUAAAUUUAGUUGGUCAAGUUUGUCUCAAGGCAUGUGUUUAAGGAAGAAGAUUACUUGUAUCUGUUUCUUUAAUGAAUUUUCUGUUUCAAUA